AUGCCAUCGAAACUGCGCCGCCUCGCAGCAGAUCAUGCAGCGCUGCAUGAAGAGCUCCCUCCAAACUACCUCUUUCCCCCUGAAGACGCGCAGUCGGACGACAUCACACAGCUCACGAUCCUGUUGGCCGGCCCGCAGGGCACACCAUACUCUCAAGGCCUGUGGCGAUUACACCUGAAGCUACCGGAAGACUACCCUAAGAGUCCACCGAAAGCUACGUUCAGGACGCGGAUAUGGCAUCCAAACGUGGAGGAGUUGACGGGCGCAGUAUGCGUGGAUACACUGAAGAGGGAUUGGAAGUCGACGUUGACGCUGAAGGAUGUUUUGGUUACGAUUUCAUGCCUGCUCAUCUAUCCGAACCCUGACUCGGCGCUGAACUCGACGGCUGGUGCUUUGCUUCAGGAGAAUUACGAUGCCUUUGCCCGACAAGCCAAGCUGAUGACAUCAAUACACGCCCCUGUACCGGAUGAUGCGCGGAACGAAGUAAUGGAGGCAAAGAUGCGAGGGGAGGAUUCAGGAACAACAGUCCCGGAACAACAGGAAGAGACGUCAAGCAGCCUACGCUCCCGAAAGGGAACAAGAGUACAAACCGUUACAAUGAAGAAGAAAUCUGCCCGAGUAGCUCAGCCCCGGGAUUCGGAGAACACCCGGCCACGCCACGAAACACCAGACCAACACUACGAUUUUCUUUCCGACGACGAAAACGAGAACCCUGCCUGCGCCUCCAAAGAAAACGACCCAGCCCUCUCCCCAUCACCCGUUAAACUUGCCCCACCGCUGAGCCCCAGGAAAAACGCCCACGGGAAACGCCCGCUCUCUGUGCUCACAGCAUCAGCUAUGGACAUAGACCUGGAGCCGGAAGAAAUGGACACAUCCGACGGCAUGAUGACCGCGUCGGAGCGCAACAUCGCAGCAAACUCGACACCUGCUCGUGAUCUUCAGAACCGCGAUUCCUCUCCGCAGCGAAAAUCACCAAAACUUUCCCUUCACAACCGGGGCGUUAAUCCCAGGCAGCUACGCGAAGACAGCCUAGGAAUCGGUUUCGACUUACAAAUUUACGAAGAUGCCCCGGAAGUGUUGAACCUACGUCCUUCUAUACAUAAUUCAUCAUCAUCUUCUUUUCAAACUCCUCUCAAGGAUCUCGACCUCGACCUCGAUCUCGAACCCCCAGUCACCCAUCCCCUUGCUACUCUUUCCUCUACAUCCUCCUCAUCCUCUUCAAACCCGACACUCCUGAAAAAGCCCGCCUCCGGCAUCCGCAAAGUUUCCGGGCUAGGACCUAAGAAGGCAAAGCCACGCAUUGGUAUUCGUCGGCUUUGA